ACUUCCAACACUCUUUCUGCUUUUCCCUCUCUUGUAUACAACAUCCUACUCCGCAUCCAUCAAUAAUAUCAACCGAUGGCUUCGGCUUCGGGAUCGAGCGGCAACACCGGCACCUGGACCGAAAAGCAAAACAAGCUGUUUGAGAACGCAUUGGCCCUUUACAGUAGGGACUCACCCGACAGGUGGCACAACCUUGCCAGGGCUGUCGGGGGCAACAAGACCCCAGAGGAGGUCAAGCGCCACUAUGAUAUGCUCGUCGAGGAUCUCAGGGAGAUCGAGGCAGGCCACGUCCCUCUCCCCCCUUAUCGGAAGGUCCCUGGCGCAGGAGCCGGGGGCGCCAAGGGCGGGUACAAUAACUUCAUGGAUGAGGAACAAAGGCUGAGGAGUCUCAGGAUCUAGUGACGCAAUUCCAUGGGCAAGAAACUAUUAAUCCGUUUGUAAAAGCCAGACAUGGCUUCUUGUUAAAAGUUUGUGUUUAGAUAACUCAUUAUAUAUGAUGUAUAGCUAAAAGGAGAUAGCAAACCGACUAAUAUAUUUUACAUCAAUGAAGUUUCAAUUAAUUGCCGAAUGAAAGACAUUAUUGUGUUCUAAGGA